GAGCUGAGGGAGGCGGCGGCGGGCGGGUGCGCGCCGGGCUCUGCUGACCGUUGUCCCCUCCGCCGGUGCCCAGGGACAGCUCCCUCGCCGCCUCUCCUCCUCCCCUCCUCCCCCCCCCCUCCCCGGCUCAGGUCACAUCUGCACAGCACAGCCGGGGAGGGGAGGAGCCCUCCAGCGCGGAACCCGGGCUUUUCACUCGGCCCGCCCUGAGGGGCGUGGGAGGGCGGAGCCGCGGACUUCGGACUCCAGCCCCCGACGCUCCUCUUUCCCUGACGCCCUCAGCCAUCCCUAGCGGUGAGGGAGCCAUGUCCGUGCUACUGGGGCUCCGGCCCGAGGUGCAGGACACCUGCAUCUCGCUGGGACUAAUGCUCUUGGUCGUGCUGUUCAUGGGGCUGGCCCGCGUGAUCGCCCGGCAACAGCUGCACAGGCCCAUGGUCCACGCCUUCGUCCUGGAGUUUCUAGCCACCUUCCAGCUCUGCUGCUGCACCCAUGAGCUCCAACUGCUGGGCGAGCAGGACUCCGCGCACCCCACCUGGACGCUGACACUGAUCUACUUCUUUUCCUUGGUGCAUGGCCUGACCCUGGUGGGCACAGCUAGCAACCCGUGCGGCGUGAUGAUGCAGAUGAUUCUGGGGGGUAUGCCCCCCGACACGGGUGCCAUGAGGUUGUUGGCUCAGCUGGUUAGCGCCCUAUGCAGCAGGUACUUCAUGAGCGCCCUGUGGAGCCUGAGUCUGACCAAUUACCAUUUCGACGGGAGGAUCUUAGCUUGCAGGAAUCCCAUCCAUACCGACAUGUCCAAAGCGAUCAUCAUAGAGGCCAUCUGCUCCUUUAUUUUCCACAGCGCUCUACUGCACUUCCAGGAGGUCCGAACCAAGCUUCGCAUCCACCUGCUGGCUGCACUCAUCACCUUUUUGGCCUAUGCAGGAGGGAGCCUCACGGGAGCUCUGUUUAACCCGGCACUGGCACUUUCACUGCACUUCCCGUGCUUUGACGAACUGUUCUCUAAGUUUUUUAUAGUAUACUGGCUUGCUCCUUCUUUAGGCGUGCUGCUGCUGCUCCUCAUGUUCAGCUUCUUCCUUCCAUGGCUGCAUCACAACCAAACGACUAAUAAAAAGGAGUAACUGCCCCAAAGAUUCAAACAACGUCACAGGACGUCAAGCUGGAUGUGGCCAUCUGAGCACCUUCCAAACUCUGGACUCGUCCUGUUUCAACUUCCUUUGUGGAAGGCAGAUGGUCUUAAUGUCUUCACUACCUGGACUUAAACUUACUGUGAAAUGAGGUAGCUUGUAUUUCUCAGUUAAGACUUGUUCUUUUGAGUGAUGUAUUAAAUGCUGCUAGAAAAGGCUCAUUCAUUAAACCUCUAUAAA